UUUGUCAUGCACUGCAGUUUCUAUUGUACAAAAUAACAAGAAAUAGGAAGUAGUUUGACGGAGUCUCACGUUUAUGAUUUGGUUAUAUAAAGCAUCGCGUCUGUGUUUAGGGAGAGGUUUCGUAACUGAUGUAGUCAAAUAGAAAAGGUUCGCAGUGAAUUGAACAGAUGAAGCAUUUAGCGUCAGUUUCUGCGAUUGUCGUCUUUGUUGUGUUGUUUCGUGUGUUGCGUGUCGGGGGUAAGACAGUGACAUCUAUCGAUGAUGAUGAUGGUGGUCAGCCCAUCCAUGUUGAUCUGGAUCUGUCCCGUGUGGUCCGUGUGGUCAGUGAAAGGUUUCUCUCCGUGGCUAUCGAUGCAAGUUUGAUGUCCGACGAGAAGUUCAUGAAUCUACUGAAUUCGCCAAAGUUAAGGACACUUGCCAAAGCGUUGAUCCCAGCCUUCCUGCGAUUUGGAGGAACCAAACAAGAUUUCAUGAAAUUCAGACCACAAGGAAGAUAUUUUCAAGCAAGAGAUAACAAUGUGUGUGAAAAACUUGAGUUACCACCAUUUCUGGAAAAUAAAUUGAAGCAGGAAUGGGUCCUCCAGUCAAAGACUUUACUUCAAGAGGAAGUUGAGGGAAAAUACAAAAAGACGAAGUUCUCAGAAUAUGCAGUUGACCUCCUCUAUGCCUUUGCAAACUGCUCUGGUUUGGAUCUCAUCUUUGGUUUGAAUGCUUUGCUUCGAACCCCUGAAAACUCAUGGGACAGCACGAACGCAGAAUUGCUAUUGAAGUACUGUGGGUCCAGGCAGUAUGUCAUGUCCUGGGAGCUGGGGAAUGAACCCAACAGCUAUGAAAAAAAGGCCGGGAUCAGAGUAGACGGGUACCAGCUCGGUCAGGAAUUCUUCCAUUUGCAUCAGAUCCUUCAGAAAUCCAUACUCUACAACUCAACGGGACUGUAUGGACCAGAUGUUAGUCAACCACACGACCACCGCAAAGAUUUGCUACCUGGGUUUUUGGAGGCUGGAGCAGAGGCCAUUACUGCAUGCACCUGGCACCACUAUUACGUGAAUGGUCGAGACACAUCUUUGGAGGAUUUCCUUAAUCCAGUAGUGCUUGAUACCCUGGCAACAAAAAUUAAUGAGGUCCUUGAGACAGUGAAGUCCGUCUCUACAGGAAAGAAAGUUUGGCUGGGAGAAACCAGCUCUGCUUAUGGCGGUGGUGCCGUUGGACUCUCUGACACAUUUGCGGCUGGUUUCAUGUGGCUGGAUAAACUUGGGCUCGGUGCCAAGCUUGGUCUAGAUGUCAUUAUCAGACAGGUUUUGAUUGGCUCUGGCACGUACCAUUUGGUUGAUGAUAACCUAGAUCCGCUUCCGGAUUACUGGCUGUCAUUACUAUACAAAAGGCUUGUUGGUCCAGAGGUCAUAAAAGCAGAAGUUCAUACGAAUUUUGCAACAAAGAAGCAAGUACGGGUAUACCUACACUGCACUAACAGAAAAAGCACACAUUACAAACAGGGUGCUGUGACGUUAUUUGCCUUAAACUUAAAUAAAGGUCAAGUCACCAUUACCCUGCCUUCCUAUAUAGCCAACAGCACCUUUGAAGAAUUUGUUCUACAAGCACCUGAACCUGGUAAACAGAGCCUUUAUUCCAGGUCCGUUAAAUUGAAUGGAGAAGUGCUAAAGAUGGUUGAUGACCGUACACUUCCUGCUCUGCAAGGAUCUGAGCUACCUCCUGGAGAGCCCAUCAAGCUGCCCGGGUUCUCGUUUGCAUUCUAUGUCGUAACUGAUGCACGAGCUCCAGUAUGCAAAUGAGCUCUCAAUCGAAGACUGCUGCUUUUACUCAAUCAGGGACAAAAAAUAUUUUUAAAAACAUUAUUUGAAUUUAAAUUAUAUUUUCAUAUAAUCAGAAAUUUUAUUUAUGAAACAUUUAUAUCCACUAACAGACUGAAAAAAUAUUGUUUUAUAAUCCUUGUAAUGAAGCAGAAACUGCUUGACCCGUUUUAAUAACACUUUCUUGUUUUCAAAUAAAAGGAUU